CGCCAUUUUGUACCUAAUCUGAAUCUCCAUUGGAUUUCUUUCUUCUCGGGAACGCCGCUGCUGAUUCCUUCGACUGAGAUUGUUAGCGAAGAUUGUAAAAUUUAUGGCAUUCCCUUGAAGAAUCACCUGGUUUUCAUGUUGUCAUCCUUUAAAGCCAUUACAUUGCCACAACCGCAAGUGUAAUUUUGGAGUUGUGUGACAUUAUUUAUUCAUUGAAAUUGCUUUCUGCUGUGAGAACACGAGGGUGUUAAACUUAGAUAUCAUCUGGAGGAAGGAGCACCGUGGUUUUGCAAAGUUAAAUGUGGUUUUGAAACUGAGUUGAAUAGCCAUGUCAUUUACACAUCAGAUUAAACCUGUACAAUUAGUUAUCGCAAAAGAUAUAUUUGUUUCAGCCAUUCGCAUCGCCAUGUCUAUUGAUGGGUCGUGUUUACCAUUUGGGGAUGUGCUCCGAACAUCUGCACAGGAGCAAGUCGACUACAUGCUAAGUAAAGACAAAGAUACUCUGAUAGUCAUGGCUGAUGACGAAGUUAAGUCAGUGGUAAGAACGGGUGUUUACAAUACAAUUAAUUCAUUCGAAAAGGACUUGGCUUCCUUGUUGUUGGUCCCCUCCCUUGAGCUUGGGACUGCAGAUAAUAAUGAUAGAAUAAUGAGAAAGUUAUCUGAUCUUGAAUGGAUGUGCAAUGUACUCCCAAAGAUGGAUUUAAUGAAAAAUUUGGUCUCUGAUUGGGCUGCGAUCUCUAAUCAAAUUUUGCGAAUUGUUGAAGACAAGAAGCUUGACCAGGUCAUGUGGGGCCUGAAAAUAAAGCUGAUAGAGGUAACAUGUAAAGUUUUGGAAGCGGUUGGUUAUGGCGGUGUGAUUCUUCCGGCAGCAUGCCGUGUCCAAUUGCUGAAGUCUUGGUUUCCGUAUAUUCGGAAAAUGAAGCCGUUGCUGGAUUCAAAAGGCACAGAGGAGAAUGGUUUUCCUUACAAAAUGGACCAAGAUUUGUGCCAGGCCAUUGAGGGAGCAAUUGUGUCAUUGGUAUUGACAUUGCCAUCAAACGACCAAGCAGACAUUCUUGCUGACUGGAUUAGAAGCAGAGAAAUCGGAUACCCGGACCUGAGUGAGGCUUUCGAGGUCUGGUGUUAUAGAACGAAGUCGGCGAAGAGGAGAUUAGUGGAAGGUUUAGAUGGCAAUAGUGAUGCUGUCAUCAGUGCUUGACUUUGAUUUCCCCCUCUUCUUUCAAAUUGUAGUUUGGAUAGUUUUAGCUCCAAAUGUUGUAUAAUGAACAUUAUUAUGUCAGAUGGAGGAGUUGAUUCCGUAUAUGGCACACUAGCUGAAUGGAGAGGUUCAAUUCCUUGCUUGGUAUCUGGUAAUGAUAUUGGUAUUUGAGCCUUGUUGAA